AUGUCUUACCAGAGCAGAGAAGACCUCUUUGCUUUCUUGAAGUACCGGGUUCUUCCGCAUGUGCCACCAUCUGUGAUUCCCUAUCUCGAACUCGUGCGUCUCAGCGAGCCUCUGGGAAUUCCCAUCGUCCUUUCGUCUUUUACAAUCGGCCUCUUGUACGGUGCUUGCGUGACCCGACCCAUCAUACAACCAGACGAGUUUCUUGAACUGAUCUUCUACCUCAAUCUCUGGGCCCUCGUAAUGCUCUAUGCCUUCAGAGCGUUCAACGAUACCGUUGACGCCGACUACGACAAAAAGGCUCCACGCACGUCAUUUCGCCCUGUUGCGAGAGGCACCGUUACGAAGACACAAGGUUUCGCACUUAGCGUUGCAAAGCAUGAGGUCUAUUAUCCGCCAGCGAUCUUGGGACUUGGAUACACCUCAGCCAUCUUCCAGGGCAUGGCCACAGUUGGCGCCAGCUUUUUGCCUCUGUCAGGGAACUUUUUGUCGACAACAUGUCUUGGGUUGGCUUGCGGUCUUCUCAUUGUCAUUGUCGACACGGUGUAUUCCUUUCAGGACGUUCGAGACCAUGCCAAGUCAGGUGUCAAAUCGCUACCGGUUCUGCUCGACGACCGAGCAAAAAGGUUCCUAUGGUUCUUGACAAAUGUUAUGAACAUUCUUCUACUAGUCGUCGGACAGUCCAACGAUUUCUCGCCUUUUUACUACUUGAUACCCUGGGCAGGUUGUUUCGUUAUUCUCUCGGCGAUGCUGUUGCUCGUCGACCUGAGGGUUCCGGCUGAUUGCCUCUGGUGGUUCAUCCGGGGUUAUCUUGGAUCGCUUGGGUGUCUUGCCUUUUUGUACUUGCCUCAAAACAUCAUGUCGCAGGAUGAACAGGAGCCCAGAUACUCACCGCCUCCAUUUAUUCGAAGAUUGACGCUGCCAAUCAACCGCAACCCAACAGCGCGUGCAUUUGAUGCAGACUUUUCUAGCGAUGAUGAUGACUACGAGAAACCAGCGCCGCGCCGUGUAAGACCAACACGCGGAUACUACGGCAGCGAUACCUCGGCAUCCUCGUCGUCAUCCUCGUCAUCAUCUACUGACGACGGGAGCCGCUAUCAUUCACACAAAGGGAGGCGUAAAUUUUCGCGUAAGAAGAAUGUUGCCCUCGAGUCAAGCUCAAUCUAUCCAUUUUCUCUUCCCGGUCACCAUCGUCGACAGUCCUUUACUGAAGACGGUAGCAACAAGGGAAGUGAUGUCAGAGAUGGGUCGGAUAAUGCGGACUCUGAAAAGCCCGAGUCUGAGUCUUCGGGGACCUUAUACCGGACGGUGAAAGAUGUGCAGCAUGUGUACAGUGCUCGGUAUACUGGCGAAAAAGUUCUCUAUGGAGGGCUUCGAUCAGCGGAGCUCAAAACCAGUCAAUAUGAUGGAAAGAGUUCCCAGACGCCAUUGUUUCAAUGGAUACAUUUCGAAGACAGUGAUAUGAAUUUUGAAGUCUUCCAGGACCGUGUUGAGCACAUUCAAAACCUCACCGAGUCUCAAAGACUAGGUAUAUCCAAGCUGCUACGAAAAGUGAAGAACAAAUACGAUAGCCCACUGCAAGUGGCAAACCGUCCGACAAUUCGAAUCAUGGAGCCUGGCUUCCUCGCCGGUGUAGAAUGGCCAGCAGACGAGCAACCGACCAUGCAAAAAAACCCCACAUCAGCAACCAACGUGGCUUGGAUUUGUUUUCCUUACUUUUCGCUCGAGCAGUAUCAAGGUCUUUUUGCAAACCCGAAAAAGGGAGCUCACCCCAUGCAUACGUUGCUGCAGACUCGAUCAUCGUUGGUAGGCAUGAAGCGAGAAAUUAAACAGGCCGUCUGUCAGGUCAGCGACAACCCGGAAAAACUUUGCUUCCAUGUGGGCCAGUUAUGGUCUCUUGUAAUUGAUGAUUCAUUCCUGGUGACAUGUGGUCGAAUGUCCUUUUCUACAUUGAAAGGGGAGGCCGUUUCAUUGAAUAGCGCUCCAGUUCCAGGGCCAGGGCUGUCUGAUUCUCCCAGGAUCUUGGUCAUGUAUGGAGUUUCUGUUCUGUGGCUUUUCAAAGCUGAAGAGUGUCCAACAUGGUUUAGCUUCACCUCAAGAUUCUGGCAGUUUUCACCACGUCUAGUCGAAAUCUUAUACCAAGACCGAGUUCUCAAUGAGGCAGCAUGGCCCCGCAUUCUCGAGUAUGCAGCCCGCAGCGAACGCAGAAAACAAGGUCCUCUUCGCUUGUCAUUCCGGCUAGCAUCACGCAAAAACAAAGAUGGGUUGAACUUUAUGUCCGUCGGUAACGCUCAACUUGAACAGUCUAGUCCUUCUGAAACAGUCCAAUCACUACAGACCAAUAUUGAAGAAUCUUCUUCUAUCUUUACUAUCUUCACGCAACUGAACAGCAGCCGUACUGCGGUCAAAAAAGCAAACUCGUCGCCUGGUGGUAGUGGUAUAAAUAAAAGCCAGCUCUCCGAAGACCUCAAACGGAUGCACGAUUUCCUCAAACACGAGAUCGAGCCCCACGAGCGUAUCGCCUAUAGAGAAUGCCCAGACUCUUCCCGCCAAGAGGUCCUUUCUGAGCUGCGUGCUCAGAUUCAGAGAGAGGAGAGCUUUCAAACCGCGGAAAACGAGAUCCGGACCGAAACAGAAAAGAGCCUUGUCGAGUUUAAAAAGGACUUGGUCGGUGCUUGCGAUUAUAUUUUUGGGUUCUUCUUUCCUUUGAAUCUCACCGGGCCCUCGAUUACCAAAUUCUGGGGCAGUAUUUAUCGGGUUAUAUCCGCGGAAAUUCCCUACAGUCACGAUGAACCACCAAGCCGCUCUCGAGUAAGAAGAGGAGGCAGAUUCUACACAAACAACGAGCCAGAAGCGAAUGAGUGGGAACUCGAACUCGAAAACCUGGUCAGACGUUUCCGAUCAAUCGCGCGGAAGUUGAAGCCGUUCAAAGAUGUGGUCACAAUGGUUUCACCCGCUGACCGCGCGAAAAUCCAAAUCUCGGAAGCUCUACCCAAGGCAUGGCUCCAUAUCGUAAUGUCUCUUGUUCUGUACAUGGUGCCGCGGCUGGGAUACUGGGAGUCCAAGGCGGACAUAGCGGCUAAUUUGCUCAAUGAUGGGGUGGCAGCGAUGCUAAAGUGUUUCUUGACUUUGGACUCUCUUCUCGAGGACACAGUCUUUACGCCUUUUGAUCUUGCGACGCUGCUUGUCUAUCAACUCGGGAAGGAUGUAACAAAUUCUAGGCCAGAUAUUGCGCAGACAUAUUCUCAGCACUUUGGUCUACUUGAUAACGAAGUCAAGACCAAACCACUAGAUCGCUCCCACCAAACGCGUAUCCAGCUUUUCAAGGAAGAACUCAGGGCCAUAGUCAAAACAAUACAGAAACAAGAAGCUGUUAUUUCGAGUAUCAAAGCAUGCCACGGCAACAAACCCGAAUCCAGACGCAUCAGGGGAUUUGAAGAUAAAAAAGAUAUCGAAAUUACUCAAGACAACCCAUACACCCCCGGCAGCGUUGUUGAUGAUGCUCUAUUCGACGAGUUUUUUAAACAGACCCGGCUUUCGUCGAGCCAGCCUGGCGGAUACCGAAACUUUCUCGUGGGUGAUUGUCGAAGUGUUAUUAGCAAUCGGCAGAUCAGAGUAGAAGAAAUACAUAGGGAGGGGGACGAUCUCGCUGAAUGGAACCUUGAGCAAAUCGAAACAAACCGCAACCGACAGGACUCGGCCGUUUACGUGUUCACCGUUGUCACCGUCAUUUUCCUGCCACUCAGCACUGUGGCAGGCAUCCUAGGCAUGAACACAAACGACGUACGCAAUAUGGAGGUUGACCAGUGGGUAUUCUGGGCUGUGGCCCUGCCGCUCACACUCAUCAUUACUUUGAUCUGCCUUGUUGCUACGGGCGAGCUGCGUAAUUUUCUGACGAAUUUGGUUGGGUUGUGGGUGCAACGGAGGAUGCCGUUUAGUGGUGAAGGGGGGUGGAAUCCGCUGGAUCAUUUUGACGCUGGUCAUUUUCCUGUCAGGCCGAGAAGGCCGAGAAGGCCGAGGAUCAAUACAUUUUGA